UCGGCUGCUGUUGUUCGAGGAUCAAUAACGGUGUAUGAGGUCGAAUUCCCAUUUUCUUCUCUUCCCUUGGCGCCAUUUGGAUAAGUUCAUCAAAUAAUUUUCUUCGUGCGCUUGGAUGUUCCGAAGCUCUGAUAUAGGAUAUCAUCUCCAAAUGGAUUAGAUCAUGGAAAAGGAUAAUGGACUCUUCGACGUCAUGGAAGAGCGGAUGCAUUCAGGAAGUUUUCGACAGAAGUCCAAAGUGCCUCGUGCCCGCUUUUCCUCGCGUGCGGAUUGUGUCGACUAUUCUUCUUAUGAGCUUCGAAAUGGUGCUGUGAAGAAUAGCGGCUUGCCAAGAGACUGCUUUUCUCAGGGGGUGAGCACCUCCUCAGUUUUGGAAGAAACCUUCGAUACGGAUGAGCACAAAGAAUGGUUGAAUCUUAUUGGUGAACGUGUGUGUAUCAGCGGCGUCAAACAAGGGAUCCUGCGGUAUUAUGGAAGAACAAAUUUCGCACAAGUCUGGUGUGGUGUCGAACUCGACGAACCCGUAGGAAAGAAUAACGGCACGGUAAACGGUGUCGUGUACUUCAGAUGCAAACCAAAUCACGGCAUCUUCGCCCCUAUCAGUAAAGUCUCCAAGCUGAAUAAUUUAAGUGGUAGCAGUUGGCGAACUGAAGCAAAAAGAAGCAACAAUUACCCCAGGCAGCAUUCUCCUCCGCGUAGCGAUUACAAUGUGAUACCAGAUGCAGCUUUGUUGGAAAGAAAGUUCAUAAAGAAUAGUAUCAGUGAUCCUACGUUGUUGCGAGUAACAAUGAAGGCGAAUUUGCCACGUGCCAGUGAAAGUUUCCCGCAUGAUAGAAGAAGUUUCACUGAACAAAGGGAUCGCGGUGCUUUCAGAGUCAAAGACAUUAUGAAUUUUGAAAUUCCUGAUGCAUCUUUAGCACGUGGGAGUACCUCAAACGGGAGCACAGCUAAUGCAACAAGAAACUUCCAGUCAGCUACUGUGCUAAGCAAAUACGGUUACGGCAAGAAGAACCAGUUCUUCAGCUCCAAUGUGGUUACGUUGGGAGAAAAUAAUGAAAUCAGAGACAUGUUCGUAUCCUCCAAAUCUGGAUCUGACGUGCCAAACAGGAGUGCUAUGGCAUCGGUCCUUCAAAGAUCAUCGGGGUUUGUAUCGGCGGAAGAAGAAUAUGAAAUUUUUCAUCAAACUCCAACGAAUUCAGGUGGCGUUUCACCUCUUCCAUCAGAAGCUAAACGCUAUAAUGAUAUGCCUUUCUAUGAUUAUAAGAUGUCGGAGGAAAUUCUGAAGACAUUUCAGUCUCAUGAUUUCCCAGAUCCUGUGGAUGAUAUGGAUAACGAUGACCAGAUGUCCGUGGACUUCGAAGACAGCCUUGGAAUUCUAACCCCUAGCCAGAUGAAGGAUUUCACCCUAUGCCCCGAUCUGCCAACUUCUUGCAGUGAUAUAAGAGGAGUAGACUUCCCAAGUUCUGAAUCAUUCGAUGAUAUUAAUGACCUGCCAGAAGAUGAACAGGUGCAUGACGUUUCAGUUCAUUAUUUACCCGACUCUAAUUCGUCUACUCGAACUCUGGAGGUGACCAAGCAAUCAUCUAGCUGUUACGCUAAAGGCUUAACAACAGUUAGCGUCGGUGACGCAAAGAUUGAAGGUUUGGUAAGCACCACGGAUGAAUUCCUGUUCAGUAUUUCCCAGAAAGAUCGUCAGGAUAUGAAUUCAUCAAAACCCGAUAUUUCAAUACAUUCGCAAGUUAGUUCGAGGAAGAUUCUGGAGUCCACUCGAAAAGUGAGUAAUCUGACAAACAUCAAUGAGAAAUCCGAUAUUUCAUUCGCACAGUUUUCGAAACUUGCUGAACAUCAUAACAAAACAAACCAAAAUGUUCCUGAAAAUCAUAAUCUCAGUGACAGCAACAAAAUGAAAAUUAUCGCCAUGAAAAACUUCGAAGAAGAUGUAGGACGAAAAAAUUACGAUACUGAUGGCAGUCGAGAUUCUCUUUUACAGGCAGAUUCUGAAAGCAAUACAGCACUGAAAGAGAAACUUACUGUUUCGUGGGAAGAUUGUAUAUCACACAAUAAUGACUGUAUGUUCACACCUGUUGAAAGACCCGAAUCUGUAUACACAGUGGCAAGCAGUGAUACAGGCUAUCAAGAGGAUGGCGAACUGGAGGCCGAAACUGGAAUGACAACUUCUCUGGAUUCGACAGAUGGGAAUAAGAGGUUCUCAACAACAAGUAAAGAUAGCUGCAUCGUAGCAGAUGAUGUAGACGUAUAUAAAAUAGCGGAAAGCAAUAGUACCUCCGGAUAUUCGACUGGUCUAAGCGAUUCUUGCUGCAAUGACCGGCAAGAGGAUGAUAUGUCCGGCAAGCCUUUAACAGAUGAAGAGAUACAAGACUCUGUUGGCCCUUGCGAUUCCGAAGAUGGAUUUUCUUUCCAAGAGAACAACAGUAUUAGUAAAGAUGGCGACACGGGAAACGCAGAAGGUUCUGACAUGACUGCUGAAACUGUAACAGUUCUGUGCCACGACAGUACCAGUGAAGCUUUAUGCGAAACCAUGGUCGAAGAUGCUACUUUAACAGAAAUCCAUGACCUUUUAUUAUCCCCUGAAGAAAACAAAUCCCAGUCAACUAAUGAAGAUAAGGAAAACUUACCAAACGCAGCACCUGAUCUAACUCUAACUCCAGCAGCAUCUGUUGAAACAAACUCGGUUAAAACAAGCGAAAAAACAGAAUCUAGCGUUUCAGCUACAACGUCUACGAAUUCUACACCAGAAAAGAAAAUGAAUAACCUAAACAGAAAUAAAACUGAUGUUCAGAGGAAUUCUAGAAUGUCCAUCCAGACUAAUAAAGUAACCAAAACUGCUAGGAUAUGCGAUGAAGAUCCCGAGAAAAAGAAAGUUGUCGCAAAAUCUCCCAAGAAAAAUGUAAUGUCUAAGAUAAAAGCUAUGAUCGAGGCCACAUCUUGCAAGACGAUAAAUAAAAGUAAACCUGAAAACAAUGACCUCGUCCAAAAAAGGGUAAUAUCAGCACCCAAAAGAAGUAGAUGGGAAGCCGUUACAUCGAAGAUAGCUGCCAGUUUGGCAGAAGAAAAAACCAAGCCUAAAGCUAAAAGAGAAAUUAAAAGUCGAGUGGACACCAACUUAGCUUUAGCCCGUCAGCAAGUUACCUCUUGCAGAUCUCCAAAAUUAGAGUCAGUUCAUCACCCUGGUCGAGCGGACGGAAGCAUGUCUCCUAUUUCUGUGUGUUCCAGAGGAAGACGGCCUUUGAUCGAGAGAAACAGUGCUCCUAGCUCUGUGAAAGACGGACGUGUAAGUACUACUAAAGAAGCCAAGCACGGGCCCAAGAGUCCAAGGCACUUGCAUCGUCUGCUUUCCCUCAUGGCGGGCUGUGCUCCUGUAUGCAGGAUGACCUAUGUUAUACCAACACCCCCAGGACCAGGAAAAGUCUGUAUUACUUCCCGCUCUACUUCUCCCGUGGCUGCUAGCGAAAGUUCCACCACUUCUGUUUCGGCCGCUUCCCACAACUCACGUUCCAAAAUAGCCCUCUGGAAAGGAUCGUCGAGCACCAUUGCUUCUUCUGCACCUCCAACAGCUGUGAAGAAACUUGCCGCCACACCAGCUUCUAAUAAACAACCCCUUCCUAAUGCUCGUCUGUCUUCGGCAAGGAUGGUCAGCAAGAAGCCACCUAUAGCUGCCAAAACCCGCACCCACCUCACUGUCAACAAUAUUGUCCAGGGGAGGGCCGUGUCGCCUUCGGUUGUGUCACCAAGAAAUGAGAGGAGCGCCCGAAUAUCGAAGCCCGCGAAAGAACAAACCGGGCCUCGAGGAGGCCUGCAUCCGGCAACGAAGCCGUCGAGGCCCCCCAUGUGGUUGAGCAAAGCUGAACUCACUCAAGAAAUUCAACGCCUUGGGAACCUGUGUGAAGCCCGAACAAAAGAGUUGAACCGUUUGAAAAUGGAAACUAAGCACGUGACCGUCGGCUUCGACGCCUUCGCUUCUCUCUUCAAAUAUAUGGUGGAAGAUCUGAAUGCCCUAUCUGUUCCUAAAUUAUCUGCAGAUCUGGAGAAAACUCUUAAGCAACUGGAGCUUACGAAGCAAGACCUUGCUUACUAUGAAAGGGAAGUAGAAGAGAUGAAGGCUCAUCAUUGUCAAGAGUUGAAUGAUCUGUCCAAUAAAUUAUUUGAAGUUUAUCAAGGGGAGGUCGCCGAACUAAAUGCAAAACACAAUGAAGAAAUAAAUCAUCUAAAGAGCAACCAACAAAAACAGAUUGAAAGCUUAUCAGCAACUUUUAACAUCUCUACUGAAGAGCUGAAGGCCCAGCAUGAAAAGCUAGUUGCACGUUUAGAGCAAGAAAUAAUCUGCCAACAAGAAGAAAUGAAAAUUUUCCAAGAGCGUGAAAUAAAAGAUCUAGAAGAGAAGCAUGCACAAAGUACAAAAUUACUCCAAGAGCACAUAGAACAGCUUCAGAAAAAAUGUGCAGAACUCAAGCAACAUUCCCUCAGUAUGGAGGACGCAAUGCGCAAAGAUACAGACUCCAAACUACAGUGGGUUACUACAAGAAAGGUAGAUUUAGAGAAGGAAGUAGAAAGUUUGAAAACAGUUUUGGAGAUGAAAAACAAAGAAUUACAUUCCUUGAGAGUUCAAAACUUAGAAAUGGAAAAACAGCUCGAGGAGCUGCCUUUGGCACGUGAAAAGAUUAAAAUGUUACAGGCUAGAGCAGAGGAUUUAGAAGCCUUGAUGAUUGAGAAAACAAAGCUGGAAAGGAAGCUUUCAUCUGAAAAUCAGCAAAUUAGGGAUACUUAUGAGAAGGAAUCAAAAGUAAAUAAACGUUUAUCGAUGGAAAAUGAAGAGCUGCAAUGGCGACUAAGACAAGCUGAACAGUCUUUGAUAUCUGGAUCUUUUUCAGAAGCUGCAGAAUUUCAAGAAAUUACAGAAAAUGGAGCUUUAUCUCCUGUUAAGUCUCCUGCUCCACAAACUCUAUCUAGAUCAGUGUUUUUCACUUUCAUGGACAAAGAUGAUAUCUCAUCUUAUUCUCCAAGAUCCCAGUACAAAAAAAUAACUUCAAAUUUUUCUGCCAAUUAUAAAACUUCACCAGGUAGAACACCAAAAUCACCAACCACAAGUCCUAGGAGACCAAAAAGUCACUCAGAGCCACCACAACCACAGUUAUCUUCCAGCACACCACGAAAAAUUGCCAAACAGCCAUCAGUAAAACACAAAACCUCACAAAAGCGGCAGCGAGCUGGAGGUGAUGGUGGUAGCACAAACAACGAACACAAUGAAGUUAAUCUCUCGUCCAUGGCAGAAAGCAUGGCAUCAUCUGUGAGUAGUGAAAGUUCUGUGUUUGAGCACAAAGAAAGGCUCUUGGAAGAGCACAAGGAUCACAUCAUGGCAUCUUUGGAAAUCCUUCGUGAACAACGAAGUGCUGAAAUUGCCAUGAGUGAACCAGUGACACCAACUUCUACAGAAUGCAUGGAAGUUAAAGGUUCUCCAGGAUUUGAAACUCAGGACAUGUCUCGAUCUGCAGAAUUUGCUGAUCCUAAAACUUAUUAUCACAUGACCUUCCCUGUACUUAAAGAAGGUGGAAUUGCUGAUUGUGAUACUGAGGACAGUGGUAAGGUGUCAAAUAAUAGUAGUUCCCCUUCAAGAGAUGCAACCGAUAUGCAUUCCAUGUCAGUUGGUAAUAGUCCAAGCAAAGCAGGUAAGACAACUUCUUUGGAAAUUAAAUUAAAAGUAAUGAGUACUUCAUCCCCAGAAUUUGGUGCUACAGAUAACAGCACAGAAACACAAAAAUGUAUAUCUGGUGCUAUUUCAGCAGAUGAUGUACAAAUCACGGAAUCAGACAAACUAAGUAAGACACAAGGAGGAUGGAGGACUCUUUAAAGAGUAAACUUUGUGAUAAAACUAAAGUUACUGAGAAUUACUAUGAGCUUUCACUAAAUGAUUAUGAGAUCUAAACUGAGUGAUUAAGCCAUUGCCAAAUGAGUUUUUCUUUAUAAAAUUAUUUUAAUGUAUAAAAAAAUAUUUAUUCUAGUUGGGGAGAUAUCUUUCAGUAUUCUAUAGAUAAUUAAAUAUGUUUUAACAUAGAAGCAGCUAAACGAGUUUUGUGUAAAACAUGUUCCCCCACCCCCUUUUCUUAUAUACUUACAUUGUUUUAUUUUUUCAGUUAUUUUUUUAAUGAAGUUUGUAAAAAUUUCAUUUUGUUUAAAAUUAUGUAAAAAAUGAUAACAUUUAUUCUAUUACAUAAAAUUAAAUAUCUUUAAAAAGUAAA